UCUAUUGACGUUCUUGGUUUGAGUCAAUCAAUAUUAACAAUUUAGACUAUUUUAGGUCUUUUUUUCAACUAAGAUCACAAUGUAGGAUUUACCUAACACACAUUCUAAAAUAGUAACGGUAGGUUUUUCUCGCCAUCCACAAAACAAAGAGGUGCCAAAUUUGUCCCACUACUAGAUGGCCCAGGGUGUGCAUUGAAAAAACAAAAUGUACGUCCAAUAGAGUAUGUACGUAAGACAGACAAAUUUGUACAUAUGAAAGAUAAAUCAUCACUCACGUGUUAUAUCAUAUUUAAGCUGUGUCUGCAGAUAGGGAGCCACUGGGGCAUAUAUACAGGCUGGCUAAAUAUAGCAUAUAUAUGCGUUGGUUGAGGAAUAGGCCAGGAAAGCUAUUUAGUGUGAUUAGCUAACUGCACUGGAACUGGAAGAAAUGGAAGCCCAAAGACCACAUGCUGUCUGCAUUCCUGUCCCAGCUCAAGGCCACAUAGGCGCCAUGCUCAAGCUAGCUAAGCUUCUUCAUCACAAAGGCUUUCACAUUACCUAUGUUCUCACUCAACUCAACUACACCCACAUUAUGCAAGCCAGAAACUUCCGCCCUCUCAAUCAAACGCCCACCUUCCGCUUCGAAACCAUCCCCGACGGCAUUCCCGAGAGGGAAACCCGCAAUAGCGCAAUAGAUUUGGCCGAGUUGGUCUGUUCGGUUUCCAAGAAUUGCUCUGCUCCGUUCAAGGCGCUGAUUCAAAAGCUGAACGUAGCGUCGUCGGAGGAGGAUGUUCCUCCGGUUUCUUGUAUAGUUUCCGAUGCAUGUAUGUCGUCGACAACUAUUGGAGCUGCCCAGGAGCUUGGGAUUCCGGCAAUAAUGUUUUGGCCUUUUAGUGGCGUGGGGAGUAUGCUUCACCUACAGUCUCCUCACCUCCGCGACAAGGUAUCAAUAAACAAAGAUGACUAUAUUAUUGAUUGGAUCCCGGGAGUUAAAAGUAUUCGUUUAGGGGAUAUCCCAACCUCAGCUUGGUCGCCCGAUCCAAAUGACCCCAUAGUUGACUACACAAUUUCUCAAGUUUCAGGAAGCUACAAAGCUUCUGCUGUCUUAUUUCACACAUUUGAUGAGCUAGAACCCGAGGUGUGCAACGCAUUGUGUUCUAUGUUCAAUCGAGCCUACACUAUCGGACCCAUUCCACUGCUUCUCAAGGGAUUUCCAGAAAGUGAAAUCAACAAAAUUGAAUGUAAUAUGUGGAAAGAAGAUCAAGAUUGUUUUCAGUGGCUCGAUUCUAAAAAUCCAAAAUCUGUAGUUUAUGUAAACUUUGGUAGCAUGGCAGUUACCAGCCCUGAUAAGCUGGUAGAGUUGGCAAUUGGGCUGUGCAAAAGCCAACAAAACUUCUUGUGGAUCAUCCGCCCCGAACUCAUUUCUGGCGACGAUUGGUCUGCAGUUCUCCCUCCCGAGUUUAUGGAUGCGAUCAAGGGCGGCGGCAAAGGCUAUGUGGCCAGUUGGUGCGAUCAAGAACAAGUGUUGAAUCACCCUUCCAUCGGAGGGUUCAUAAGCCAUUGUGGAUGGAAUUCAAUUGUAGAAAGUAUGAGUGCCGGAGUGGCAAUGAUUUGUUGGUCAUGUUUCGCCGAACAACAACUAAAUCGUUUGUGUUGUUGCUCUCAAUGGGGGUUUGGUCUAGAGAUAGAGCUUGAUGUUAAUAGAGAGAAUGUUGAAAGUGUGGUUAGAGAGCUAAUGGAAGGAGAAAAGGGUAGAGAGGCAAAGCAGAAAGCAAUGUUUUGGAAGAAGAGAGGUGAGGCAGCCACGGCUAUUGGAGGCUCAUCAUAUUUGAAUUUGGAUAAGAUGAUUGGGCAAAUAUUGAUGAGUGGUGGCUGACAAUUUUCAAAUUGUGUUUAAAAGGCCGGGGAAUUCAACUGUGUUAUAUUUAAAAGUCUAGUAGUACUUUUUAAAUAAGCUAGUAAUUACGUUCCGUUGUUUGUAUUUUUCAUUUUGUGUUAUGAUAAAUAAUUUGAUAUUGCAACA